ACCAGCACGUCACCACCCGCCGUCGGGGCAAACACGACUCUCCCCACGCACACGCCCUCGUUCACCACAAUGGACGGCCUUGCCUGCAUCCAGCACAUUGUCCGUGACCUCAAGGUGGACCGGGAUACCUGGCAGGCCGUCGCUUGCCAGUACAAAGCUGCCUUCGAGGCCCAGACUGCUCGUCUGCGCGAGCUUCAGGACGUCUGCUUCGCCACCCAAGCCGAGCUGGAGAAUGAGCGAGCCCAGCAGCAUCAAACCCACGCCGCCUCAGCCCUCGCCGACACUUCUCCAUCCCGCCCUUCUGACGGCUUCGAAAGCCCCUUUGGCACUGCCACGAUUUAUUCCCUACAGAGCAUCCGUGCAGAAUGCUCGCCGCCAUUCGCUGAAGGAUGCGUCAAUUCACUGUUUGACAGGGUGCACAAGUGUGCCGAUCAGAGAAACUACGGCACCGCUCUCUCGGAAGUCGAGCGACUACUACGUGGUCCUCUUAGCCCCAUGGCCCGCGCAGAGGGCCUCCUACUGAAGAGCAAUAUCCUCAGAGCCUUAGCACACGAUGACAUGUUUGACGCACUCGCCGUCUGCAGCGAAGCCAUCGAGCUUUGCAGCCGUCUCGCCGAACUGGAGAGCUUCCUGCCCAAGAUACAGCACCAGCAGAAGUUACUUCGCCAUGACCUUCGUACGCUCCAUCAAGCUUCCGAUGUGUUGAGCGCCGCCACUAGUAGCCAUGACAAUCUACCCUUGCUCCAAGUGAGCGCCGCCCACAAAUCCUACUACGACGAGCCAGACAUGCUGCAUUGUGCCAAGCGCCGAUCGGGCUUUGAUGAGAACCGUACCAUGGAAGGUCUGCUUGUACAACUCGAGGAAAAGGCCGCAGACAACAAAUGUCGGCGUACCAGUGCGCGGCUCAGGCUGCGCGCUGCCGCCAAGGCGAGACGAAUGUCUGUACCGUAUCGUUGGGUCAAAGAGAGAAGCGAGGGACACCACCGUAUAAGCUAAUCAGCAAGCGACCGACAGCAGUCGUGGGGCUUUGUGGGUUUUGUGCGAGUACCAUUAGCGGCACGGCCAGGAGACUGGCAGAACAUCUAUUCAUCGUCUUAGCUUUGCUCGAAAGAAAAAAGAAAUGAAUUCUCCGAUUUCAAUUCAGUUGAUGAUCUCAAUGAAAUCAAUA